AUGGCUAAUCACUCGGUCACUCCCAAAUCCAAAAGAAGCCCUAAAAUCUCUCUAUUCCCUCUCCCUCCCCCUCCCUCUCGCUUUCGCUCUCACUCAAGCUCCGAAAGCUUGCGAAUAAUUGUACUGGAUUGUAAGGGUUCAUGGUGUUUCAUGCUGUCGGUGGGGGCAUUGGAUCUGGACUUGAAUCUUUUUUGCUUGAGAGGCUUUCUGUUGAAUGGUAAGAAAUCAAAGUUGGGGUUCACUAUUUACCCAUCCUCGCAAGUUUCGACUGCUAUGGUUGAGCCAUACAACUCUGUUCUCUCGACCCACUCUUUGUUGGAGCACACUGAUGUUGCCGUGCUUCUUGACAAUGAGGCGAUCUAUGAUAUUUGCCGCAAGUCACUUGACAUUGAGAGGCCAACAUAUACUAAUCUGAACAGACUCAUCUCUUAG